AAAUGAAGAUCUUUUUGAUGAAGUCUGAGGGAUAUCUGUCCCUUCAUUGACUGCCUUUGCAACUACCAUUUUGACUCUUCAAAAAAAGUUCAUAAAGAUAUCGGAAAACUAAUCCAAAUGAAUCAAGCAGUUUGCUCCAAAUUUUCUGAAGAGACUUGAUCGCUUUUAAUGAUGAACAUAUUUAAUUUAGGCUUUUACUCGCAUGUAAACAUUGGUCAGCAAACAUGAGCAGAAUCUCAACAGAACCUGAAUGAUGCACAAGAACAAACCUCUCCCGGAAGCUCAAAGGUGCUGCAUAACACACGAGAAUGAACCUCACUGGUUAAGCAGCAUGUUUGAGCUUCCGGAAGAGGUUGAACUUGAAGCGUGAACUUUCUGAAGCAUCAAAGUGGUCAUUGCAAAGGCAAUUGCUCUUUCAAUGGAGGAACAGACAUCUCUCAGGAUUUCAUCAAAAAGAUCUUCAUUUGUGUUCCGAAGAUGAACAAAAGUCUUACGAGUUUGAACGACAUGAAGGUUAUUAAUGACAUAAUUUUCAUUUUGGGGUGAACUAACCCUUUAAUGUCUGCAUGGUGGCCUUGAAAGGAGGCAUGUGGCAUGAGAAUUUCUCAGCUGCAUGAGCAUUGUGUGAUUUGGGAUGUCAUAAGUCAUCAAAAUCUGAGCCAUUUAGUUAAAGGACUCCUUGGGUAUUUAGACUAAUCGUUAAUUUGCAACAGUGCUCUAGAAUAGUUUCGUAGCUGCCAUUUUUAUUAACAAUGUCUCAAACACCAAUGAACUCUGCGUGUGUACUGUGUAACUGUCUGUUUAAACUGUUCCUCUCUUUUUGUGAUUUCUGCUUAUUGCACUGUCCAUGUCCAUCUGUCUGUCGCACAUCAGACACAGGUUCUCAGAGGACUCUACAGGUGCACUGAGUCCUCCCUCUGUCCGCUCUAGCUCUCCAUCUCCUGUUCAUCUCUCUCAGCCUGCCUUGUCUCCCUCCCCCACCCCAUCCUCCCAACCUCUCUACCCAAACUGGGCUCGAUCUCCUUCCCCUCAGCCCCCUGCUGCCUCAUCCCAGCCUCCUCCCCGGUCCCACUCACCUGUUUCUCCCUCUUCAUAUUCACCGUACCCCACCUCGCCCAAACACAGGCCCGUUUACCGCACCAAAGCCCUGGAGUUCCAAUUUAUCCCCAGCCGAGAGUCUCGCAAGGCAGAGUCACAUCAUGCCCAGCGCAGACGAGCACCCAGCCCGUUAAUUUCUCCAUCUGACCGGCCCAAGCUUGGCCCUCCCCGUCCCUCUUCUCUUCCUAUUCUCCCCACCACGCCCCUCUAUAGCAGCCUGUAUGACCUCCGUGGUUCUAUUACUCCACCCUCACCUGCCAAUCCCCUUGGAGAUCCCUACUUCUCCCCCUCUCCCCCUCUCUUUGCCCCGUCGGGUGCUCCCCCGCCUCCAAAUUCCUCUCUGGUGGUCUCUCGCUCCCUGUCCCCCACCCACUUCCUGUCAGGGACUUCAUCCCCACCCCUCCACCCCAUUCCUCCACCCACUUGCCUAAGUUACCCUCACCUCCCGCCCCCUUCACCCACCAAACCCUUUGCCUCCAAACCACUCCCAUACUGGACCAAGUACGACGUUGCAGAUUGGCUGGGCUACCUGAACCUGGGUGAGCACAGGGAGCGUUUCCUAGACAACGAGAUAGAUGGCACGCACCUGCCCUCUCUUACCAAGGACGACUACCUGGACCUGGGUGUGACCAGGGUUGGCCAUCGCAUGAACAUAGAGAGGGCGCUCAGGAGAGUGAUGGACAGGCUGUCUUCUAGCACUUUCCCCAUUUCCGCCCUCUCCCCUCGAGAUGAACGGACAGACAGAAGGAGAGAUGAGGCCAACCGGAGUUGAGAGAUGAGGUGACAACUGCUGCCAUCAGAGAUUAUUCCCUGAAUGAAGAAAAACGCAGGUGACUUCGAUAUCAAACUGCCGGCUUGCAGAUGAAGUGAUACAGGAGAAAGAGAGAGAGUUGAAGGCCUGUCGAACUGUGAACGCCUGCGCUUACAUGUGUGAUUCAGUCAACGAAAACAUGAACACCCACAUACACAUCCAUACAUAUCAACAUUUAAAUAGAACACAUAGUAUGAGCUUGCAGGCACUCACAAGGUGAUCAAAAUGGAAAUAAUUGAAUGAAUCAAAUAGGGGAAUCUAACUCCAUGAGGAAAACCAAGGUUACAACAUGAGAAGGUAACACUACAUAUCUGAGCCAAAUAAUUUGAGGGAAACAAUCAAAAUGCUCUUUAGCUUUGUUGUUUUUCUGUAGUUCUUUAGGAAGAGAUAGGGAGAAAGAGAGAUAUUGAAACCUCCUUUGCUGUCUUUUCUCUUUUUCUCAGAUUUUGGGCCGAGUCUGUAUCACUAACAAAUAUUUACUAACGGUCUCAUUUUUAGAGCAGGUUCAAUGGAGACCAAUGCAGGGAGGGCAAGUACUGACAAACCUCCUGUCUGGCAUGACUAGGGAAGCCCUUAAAAUAGAGGUCAGUUUAACGGCAGGCACUUAUUUGGUAAGACUGUGUUUAUGCGUGGGUUCUUGUUGUUUGUUUGUUUGUUUGUUUGUGUGUGUGUGCGUGCGUGUGUGUGUGUGUGUGUGUGUGUGUGUAUGAUAAUGUGAAAGGUUAUCACUAGAGGCAUGACCGUGAUUUGUUAUGUGUUUUUACCUCACCAAUGGAGGGAUUCUAUUUUGCCGAAGCCAGAUUGGGGCUUGUGCUUAUCUUGUAUUUCACUAGAACUUCUUUACCUUCUCAUGUCUUAUAAUGAAAUUAUAUAUAUAUAUAUAUAUAUACACAUAUAUAUACACAGACUGGUCACUGUAUUACAAACCCGUAGCAAAAAUAAGUGCCCAGACCAACAGAAUAGACACACAAGCAUUCUACCACAUACACACAUGCAAACAGUACAUUCUCACCCUACUGAUAGCCACAUAUACAAACGUACGACAACACCUGUCGAUGACGAUACACUCAUCUUUUAUUUGUAUAACGUAAUGGGACACAGUAAAAUAUCUAUGUAUGGAUACAAGAUGAAGAUCAUGUUAAAACAAGCAAAAAAAUCUUUUAAAGAAGGAAGAUGAUACAACAUUGUAAAAAGAAAAGUAUAUAUAUAUAUAUAUAUAUAUACUGAAAAUUUAUCAACAUUUUUACCACAGACUCUCAAAAUAUAGAGGUGACUACGACUUCAGCAAAGCUAUUGACGAUAUCAAGGCUCCAUUUUAAAAGAGGAGACAACAUGGAGAAGAGGGAGAGGGAAAAACCAAACUGCCUGUAUUUCUCUGUUUCCAAGUCACUCUCCCUCUCUCCUUCCAAAAAACACUUUCUAUGGAGUGAAGGCAAGACGAACAUGCACUCUGACGUGUGAGGGAUAUGUGCUAAUAUGUUUUAAUACAAUUAUUGUUCCUAUAACAAUUUUUAAACUCUAAAUGGGUCUGGAAUUCUGUUGUUGAUUUAACAAGAGAUAAUGUUAUUUAUUGCAGUCACUGUUCUCAUCGUCCUUGCUGUUAUCGCUAUGAGCUGCAGUGUUUCUUGUUUGUUUCUGAGCGCAAAUGCUGGACAGGUGUUUAUUCUUGACAUCAUUUUUUUUUUUUUUUAGUUUGUGACCACAUGCAAUGUGUUCAGAUCUUUGGUACCUCUAGGACUUAAAUUAGAGACGAGACUUUCAUAUCUUACAAUGUCCCUCACCCUCCUGCUUUUCCUUUCCAAGAAAAAAUUGUGACAUCACUUUGUAUGCAAGGACUAUCAAGGAGUUUAUUGUCUGCGGCAGUAUAUGUAUACCCUUUACAUUCAUAUUGCCUCACACAAACUAAUAAGUAAAUCUAGUGACCUCCAGCCUUCAUCUCCCACAUCACAAAUAGUUGCUCAAUCAAUUAAAAGGGCUCCUCAUCCUCACAUUGCAUUUCGUUUCAUUAGUUAUUUCUCUUCUUUUCAUCUGCUGUCACCUUGAGUCCAAACCAUAUGUCACCUUUAUGUUACCUUCCUGUCUAUGUCUCUUUCAGGAUCAUCAGUAAAGAUUUCAACCCCUCCAUCUCCCUCUGCCCAUCUCAGAAUGAGUGUGGAUUCAUGCAUCAUUCAUCACAGCUCUCGGUUUACCAUAAUCACCAAUACCGGAUAAAAAGAUUGAAGAACUUAUUGUAUUUUUGAUGUUUAAGACUGGUAAGUAUAGUGAUGUUGAUAACAGUAAGGACAAUGAAAGAAAUUAUUCUGAUAUGGAAAAAAAGGAUUCCAAGUUUUAAAGAAUCUCUGUCUUCCAAAUGUUUAACAUGAGUUUAAUGUGUAAUCGAAUCAUGCUUUCUACACAUCCUGUGUUCUCUGUUGUCUCAUCUCACAGUCAAAUUCAUCAAACUGAUUUGCUUCAAUAACAGCUGGUGUUGUACCCUGAUGAAUGGUAAUUCUCACUUUCCUGUAUUGUCCACUAGGUGGAGUAAAAGUCAUACAGUUCUCUCUUCCCGGACAGUUUAAAUAUUUCAACUUCUAACAACAGAACAGUAUGCAGACAGCUUUUCACACUGCAGAAUUAUCCAUGAUCAUGCUGAGGAUCCAUGCACAUUGAAGAUCACAUAGCCAUUAAAGGGUCUGGACAUUGUGACCCAUGAAGAGGUCACAGAUUACACACAGGAACAAUUGAUGCAGAAGCUGUCCAGGGUGUGCAGAAAGCAUCUUUUUUCUUUUAAAUUGAAGAAAAUUAACUAUGAACAGAUAAGAGGUUAUUUACAAAUAUAUAUGUGUAUGCGAUUAUACAUAUUCAUAUACACAUAUGAAAUACAAAUGUUUAAGAAAUGAAUAAAGGCUAUUAGAAUUAUAAUAAAUGAUGCAGGAAUUAC